AUGGCGCCGCCGCAGCCCAAGACUGGGCUCUUCGUCGGACUGAACAAGGGUCACGUCACUACCAAGAAGGAAUUGGCUCCUCGCCCUUUUGACCGCAAAGGCAAAACGAGCAAGAGGGUUCACUUUGUGAGGAACCUGAUCAGGGAAGUUGCUGGGUUUGCUCCAUAUGAGAAAAGGAUCACUGAGCUUUUGAAGGUCGGAAAGGACAAGCGUGCUCUUAAGGUCGCCAAGAGGAAGUUGGGUACCCACAAGAGGGCCAAGAAGAAGAGAGAGGAGAUGUCUAACGUUCUCCGCAAGAUGAGGUCUGGUGGUACCACUGAGAAGAAGAAGUAA